AUGAUAUUUGGAAAAUCAAAAACUCCUCCUCGCCCAAGCUCAAACCUUGAAGUCCCUGAACCAAAUGUCAACAUAUUUUCAUCACUAACAUUUUGGUGGGUCAAUGGUAUCAUGAGAUUAGGUUAUAAACGUCCAUUAGAAAAAGAUGAUCUAUACGUGUUGAAUGAUGCGAGAUUGGCUAGACAACUUACAGAUGAAUUCGAAGUCGAGUGGCAGAAAGAAAUGCAAAAAAUUAAGUUGGGAAAGAAACCUUCAUUGUUAAAAGUUUUAAAUAGAGUUUUGUGGGCUAAAUUUUGGCUAGGAGGGUUUUAUAGAUGGUUUAGUGAUACGUUACAAGUUACUUCACUUUUGUUUUUAAAAGCAUUGUUGAACUUUGUCACUCAAGCCUACUAUGCCAACAUUCAAAAUGAUGAACAACCGCCCACAUAUUUUGGUUACAUAUUAAUCGUUAUCAUGUUCUUAAUGCAAAUGGGUGCUACUAUUUUUCAAAAUCAAUUCUUUUAUCACUCCAUGGAAACCGGUUUCCUCUCUCACACCAUUCUUAUAAAUGCUAUAUAUCAGAAAGCUUUAGUCAUAAGCGGCAAAGCUCGAAGCUUGUUCACUGCAGGAAAGAUUACAAAUUUAAUGUCAACCGAUACUACACGUAUAGAUUUCGCAUGCGGUUAUUUUCACAUACUUUGGGCUGCCCCUAUUCAAAUUUGUAUAGCGUUAAGUUUAUUAAUACUAAAUAUUGGUCCUUCAGCAUUAGCUGGUUUUGCAUUGUUGGUGGUGGUGAGUCCUUUACAAGGAAAGUUUGUAUCUUUGUUGGCAAGUACAAGGGUUAAGGCUGCGGGUAUUACAGAUGAACGCGUGAAAUUGACUCAAGAAGUUUUGUUAGGUAUUAGGGUUAUUAAAUAUUACGCCUGGGAAGAUAGUUUUUGGGAUUCUCUUAAUAAGUUAAGAAAGAAAGAGAUUAGUUUAAUUAGGUUUUUGUUAAUUAUGAGAGCUACUAUUACUGGUUUUGCAAUGGUCUUUCUAGUAUUUGCUACUAUCCUAUCAUUUAUAACGUAUUCAUUGACAGGAGGCACACUCGAACCCGGCAUCGUAUUUUCUUCGUUGGCAUUAUUCAACAUUCUCCGAUUACCUUUAAUGUUCUUACCAAUGGUUUUAGCUUCCAGCACUGAUGCCUAUGUUUCAGCUAACCGAAUAAGCGAAUUUUUGCAGGCGGAUGAAUUAUCAAUUUUACCUGAUAUAGAUCCGAACGAAAAAAGCGCCAUUAGGCUUACUGAUGGAGAGUUUAUCUGGGAGAUUAUUUCUAAUGAAAAAGCCCCAACCCCGACUGAUGAGAUUUCAGGCACUUCUACAACUUUUACUCCGGCUGAUUCGCCGGAAAAACUUGAAAAUAUUCAACCAUUUUCUCCAAAAUCUCACCUUUGUGAUAUUAAUUUUACUAUACCUCGUGGAACGUUGGUUGCAAUUAUUGGUACUGUAGGUUCCGGAAAAACUUCACUAUUAUCUGCUCUGGUCGGUGAAAUGAAAAGAAUUAAAGGUGAAAUCAUAUUUGGCGGAAAAGUCGGAUAUUGUCCCCAAACUGCAUGGAUUCAAAAUGCUACUCUCAGGGACAAUAUUACUUUUGGAUUGCCGUUUGAUGAAGAAAAGUAUAAACAAGUGAUUAAGGAUUGUUGCCUAGAACCGGAUCUAAAAAUUCUGCCUGCUGGUGACAUGACCGAAAUUGCUGUAUAUUAUGAUGCCGAAAUCGUGUUAUUAGACGAUCCAUUAUCUGCAGUUGACGCACACGUUGGAAGGUACUUAUUCACAAAUUGUAUUCAAGGUGCACUUGCCAAAAAGACGCGGGUACUUGUCACGCAUCAUUUACAUUAUCUACCACAAGUCGAUUACAUAAUAUGUAUGGAAGAUGGUAAAAUAGCAGAGCAAGGAACUUAUGAGGAAUUAAUUAAAAAUGGUAAAGCCUUUUCAAAAUUGAUUGCUGAAUACGGCGAAACAGAAGGAUUAAUGACGAAAGAAGAACGACAAACGGGAGCAGUGGAUAAUUCAAUAUAUUUUACAUAUAUUAGAAAUGCGGGUGGAUUUUUAUUGAUACCUCUCAUGCUUUUCUUGCUUAUUAUGAUGCAAGGAACAAAUAUUGGAAAUAAUUUGUGGCUUUCUUUUUGGUCCAACGGCACAUUUAACUUAUCUGUAGGAUUUUAUAUGGGUGUUUACUGCGCAUGGGGAGUCGCCCAAGGAAUUUUUGGUGUUUUGUGCGGUGUCGUAUUUUCCGACAGAGGUGUUAAAGCAGCAAGGAAAUUACAUAGUGACGCGAUUAAACGUGUAUUAAGGGCGCCAAUAAGUUUCUUUGAUACCACACCUUUAGGAAGAAUUAUUAAUCGUAAAGACGUUGAUACAUGUGACAGCUUGCUUUCUGAAUCUUAUCGAAUGUUUGCUGAUACAUUUGCAGCACUUGUUGGAACAUUUAUUCUGAUCAGUGUGGUGUUUGUAUGGUUCUUUAUUCCGUUGGUUCUUUUGAUCUUUCUUUAUUAUCUAGCGGCUCUUUAUUAUCGAUCGUCUAAUCGUGAAUUAAAACGUCUUGAUUCUGUAUUGAGAUCUUCGCUAUAUGCUCAUUUUUCUGAGACACUUACAGGACUGCCGACUAUUCGCGCUUAUCGUGAACAACAAAGAUUUUUGAGAAAUAACGAAAAAUCCUUAGAUAUCGAAAAUAGAGCAUACUUUCUCAUAUUAUGUAUCCAACGAUGGCUUUCAGUCCGUCUUGAUAGCAUCGCAAAUACCUUAGUAUUUUUUGCAAGUUUAUUUGCAAUUAUAUUUAGAUUUAGUAUUAUUCCUUCAAUCACCGGAGUAGUACUGGCUUAUGCGCUUGCAAUUUCUGGAACUUUUAAUUGGUGUAUUAGACAAUUUGCUGAAGUCGAAGCAAAUAUGAACUCAGUGGAACGUUUAGUCUACUACAGCGAAAAUUUAGAAUUAGAAGCCGAUAAUAUAAUACCAGAUAAGAGACCACCAUCUGGAUGGCCAAAUCGUGGAGAAGUUCAUGUUAAAGAUUUAGAAAUCAAAUAUGGACCUGACAGCCCUUUAGUGUUGAAAGGCGUUUCAUUUGAUAUUAUUGCUGCUGAAAAGAUUGGAAUUGUUGGUCGAACUGGAUGUGGAAAAUCAACUUUGGCAACAUCAUUUUUUAGAUUUAUUGAAGCAACUUCUGGAAGUAUUACAGUUGAUGAUAUUGAUAUCAGUACUAUUGGGUUAAAAGAUCUUCGAAGAAAUCUUACUAUCAUACCCCAGGAUCCCGUAUUAUUCAAUGGUACUAUAAGAAGCAACUUAGAUCCAUUUAAAGUGCAUAGUGAUCUAGACUUAUGGAACGCGCUUUGUCGUGCACACUUAGUUACUGAUUCUGCCACAGGCCACCCUACUUCUGAAAAAGGAGAAAUUGAAGAUAUUCUUUCAGACCAGAAAAAUAGCCAGCAAGAACCAAUAACGCUUGACUCACCUGUAAAAGAAAAUGGUGCCAAUUUUUCUCAAGGUCAACAACAAUUGAUUGCAAUGGCCCGAGCACUAGUUCGUCAUUCCAAAUUAAUAAUAAUGGAUGAAGCUACUGCAAGUAUAGACUUCAAGACUGAUUAUUUAAUACAGACUACAAUUAGGAAAGAGUUUAAGGAUAGUACUGUUAUCACUAUUGCGCAUAGGUUGCGAACUGUCGCAGAUUAUGAUAGAGUUAUGGUAAUGGAUGCUGGAAAUGUGGUCGAAUUUGAUGCUCCAUACUUACUGCUGCAAAAACCUGAUGGGAUAUUUAGAGGAAUGUGUGAAAACAGUGGAGAAUUUGCAGAAUUGAUGGAACUUGCUAAACAGAAAUAUGAGAGUACAUAA